ACUUCCGGUAUUCUAAUGUCCAUCUUCCGGUUAAAGAUGGCGGCGUCACUUGUUCGUCUCGUCCGCGGCGGACUUACGAGGUCCUUUAACAGCUGUUCAGUUACCAGGAGCUCCUCUGUGGUGUCCGCGAGGUGUGAGGCUACGACGACCGAGACAAGACCUACCGUGAGACCUAAGGAUGCUGUCACCCACAACCAGCUGUCAGCUUUCGGAGAAUAUGUUGCUGAGAUUCUACCGAAGUAUGUUCAACAAGUGCAGGUGACUUGUUUCGAUGAGCUGGAGGUUAUGAUACACCCAGAUGGAGUCAUCCCUGUGCUCACCUUCCUCCGGGACCACACCAAUGCCCAGUUCAAGAACAUGGUGGACCUCACAGCAGUGGACAUUCCCACACACCAGAAUCGCUUUGAGAUCGUGUAUAACCUCCUGUCUCUGCGCUAUAACUCCCGAAUCCGUGUGAAGACCUACACGGAUGAGUUGACCCCGGUGGACUCUUCAGUCUCUGUUCACCAGGCUGCCAACUGGUAUGAGCGGGAGGUAUGGGACAUGUUUGGGGUUUUCUUUGCAAACCAUCCAGAUCUGAGAAGGAUCCUCACAGAUUAUGGAUUUGAGGGACAUCCAUUCAGAAAGGAUUUCCCUCUGUCAGGAUAUGUAGAGGUGCGAUAUGACGACGAGGUGAAACGGGUGGUGGCUGAGCCCGUGGAGCUGUCCCAGGAGUUCCGCAAGUUUGACCUGAAUAGCCCUUGGGAGGUGUUCCCAGCAUACCGGGAGCCUGCAGACGCUGGGAAACUGGAGGCUGGAGACAAGAAGCCGGAGAGCAAGUGACCCUGAGAUGGCAUCCUUGUAGCACUUGGCUCAUUGCUUGCGUCGUUACCAUAGACGGGUCGCUUUAUUCUUAUUCCCCGUUAUUUAUGUAAAUAAAGUCUA